AUGUCCUUGGCCACAUCACUACUCGAGAAACACGACUUUACCACUUGGGCGGAUCUUCGUGCUCGCUUUCGGGCCGACUCACCGUUAGUCGCUGGAGAUCUUGGCAGCAGCUGCCUCACUUACCAGCAGUUCCUUACGUGGGUCGAUGAAGUCCUACGCCCCAGCUUCACCUCGGCCAAGCUGUGCCCCUCCGAGCGGAUCGCAUCCUUGCUGCCCAAUGGACCCGAGGCUGCGAUGCUGUUCUUGGGCACGGCCUUGUGUGGACUUUGCUUGGGACCACUGGAUCCGCAGCUCACGCGCUCGGAGCUGGACUUUGCUUUGCAAGACCUUCCUGCUAGUGCACUGGUGUUGGGGGACUUGAGCUCCGUGGCCCUGGCCCUGGCGGAGUUGGCCGCCCAGGAGUUGCAGCUGGAGCUCUUUCGGCUCCAUCGUGGGGGCCGCUUCGAGUUCUGCUCGCCGUGCUCCGCGACAGCUGAACAUCCCACGCAGCCGGACACCGCGCCCCAGACAACCCUCGCUGUUCCGUGCUUGAAGGCGCAGAGUCACGAGGAGAUCGUUUUGGCUUUGCACACCAGUGGAACGACCCGGCGACCAAAGUUGGUGCCACUGUCCCACGGCACUUUGUGCAGCGGAGCCUUGUGUAUUGCAUCCACCUUGAAGAUACAGCAGGAGGAUGUUGUGAUGAAUUGCCUUCCUCUUUUUCAUAUUCACGGUCUUGCGGUCAAUGUCCUUGUCCCUGCAAUUGCAGGGGCCAUGUCUGUUUGUUUAUCUGGCCCCUUUGAUGCUGCCGCAGUACUGAAAAGGCUGAAUACUGAGCCUCAGAUCACCCUCUACUCAGCAGUUCCCACUCUUCAUCAGCUCAUCUUUACAGCCAAGAGUGAAAGCGACUUGGAGGACUCCUACCCAUCUUUACGUCUCAUCCGCAGUUGUUCCGCCCAUCUCCCCAGCGCCCUGGCGCGGUCCCUGGCCUUGGCGCUGGACGUGGAAGUGCUGCCGACCUACGCCAUGACCGAGUCCAUGCCCAUCGCGUCGCCCGCGCCGCACGGAGGGAUGCGCGGUGGUGCCCGGCCCCGCUUCCACGGCACGCUGGGCUGGGCAGCAGGACCCGAAGUGAGGCUCCUCACGGACCCCCUCACGGACCUCCUCACUGCGGAUGAUGUGGGACCUAUGGCCACGAGGACUUCGGAGGCAGCGACCACGACGAGCCGGACCUUGAAGCCGUUGGAGGAAGGACUCGAAGGCGAGAUCUGCGUGCGCGGUGCCUGCGUGACCCGUGGCUACGAGCUAAGGCGCGACGAAGAGGAUCCGAACAGGGACGCCUUCGUGGAGGGUUGGUUCAGAACGGGGGACCUGGCCAAAGUCUGCAAGGAGGGCUUGAUCUUGUCGGGACGCAACAAGGAGAUCAUCAACAAGUCGGGUGAGAAGUUUGCGCCACUGCAGAUUGAAGAGGUCUAUUUACAACAUCCUCUCAUCAAGGACUGCGUAGCUUUUGCUGCAACGUGUGAGAAGAGGGGUGAGGCUAUUGGAUUGGCGAUCGAGACGGGGGACCGGAGUGAAGAAGACUUGCAGCAGUGCAAUCUCGAUGCUUUGAGGAUGUUUGGUCGUCGCACCCAAGAGCUACGCCUCGUGGCGUUGCCCGACUGCGUCGUUUGGAUGACACGCUUGCUGCGGACCGCGACGGGGAGAGCCCCCAGCGACGCGGCUCCGGGCGCCUUCCACUUCACGCUCCGUCUGGCCCAGCGCUUCGAGCGUUUCUCGCAGCGUGUGGACGUUGCGGCGGGUGCCGCCGGCAUUGGUGAGGUGCUGCGCACGGUGCGCGACGUGGUGAUGGAGCUUGUCCGGUGUGACUUUGAAGAUGAUCAGCCUCUGAUGGAUGUGGGCAUUGAUUCUCUGAGUGCCACGACGUUGAUCAACAGAUUGGAGAUGAAGCUGGACAUCAAUCUGGCAGGAGAUGAUGGUGCAGUGUCCCUCUUGGACAAGUAUCCUUCUUUGCAGAAGCUAGCUGCAGCUGCUUUCCUGGCCAUGCAAAAGAAGGACAUUGACACUGCUUCAGCUAGGUCUACUCAUAGACCAAGAAUGCCAUAUUUUGGCCUCGGCCGACGAACAAGUCUGAAGCAAUUCGUGGUCGACGCUCGGGAUCCGAAUUCGUUGCUCUUUGCAGCUCAACAUGGUCACGCAGAACAGAUCCGAAGGUCUUGCGAAGGAGUUCUUUCAUCCAUGUCGCCAGAUGAAGAAGUGGACAAGAAUGGCCUUACGGCCUUACACUAUGCUGCUGGUAAGGGCGACUUGGAAAUCGUGGGACUACUUUUGGAGUUGAAAGCUGGAGUGGACACCAGGAAUAAGGACCUCCGCACCCCGUUGAUGUGGGCAGCGCGCAACGGUCAUGUGGACGUGUGUGAGGAGUUGGUCCGGUGCCAAGCUGAUGUGUUGGCGUCCAAUAAGUUGGGCAUUUGUUGUUUGCACUGGGCUGCCUGGGGUGGUUCACUGGAAGCUGUGGCGUUUCUGCUGGAGAAGGAAGCGAACAUCGAUGCCGUCUGCCAUGCCGGAUGCAACGUGGCUGUGUGGGCUGCCACGGCUGGAUCCUUCGACAUGUGCCAAUGGCUCCACCAGAAACGUGCAGAUUUCGCCUCCACCAACAAGAAUGGCCAUGGUGUCCUAAACAAGGCCUGCUGGCGAGGACACAGCGUGAAGCUCAUCUCUUGGAUGCUGAACCUGGAAGGUGUUGAAGCGCAACUCUUUGAGUCUGACUGGGAUGGCGAAUUGCCCUUGGACAGGGCUCGUCAAAAAGGCCACUCGGCGCUUGCUGAAUGGCUACGCGAUGAGAUGUGCGAAAGAAGACCUUCGUGGCAAGAUUGCGCAAAGCAGAGCUCAGAAGAAGAUCCGAAAGUGCCAGAUUGCGCAAAAGGUGCUGCGUUGGAUCUUUGA